GACAUUAACAUCAUUAUCAUCAUCGUAAUCGUCGGCUCGGCGGGUGAUCGCUCCCACCUGCAGCCCCGCCCUGUAUACCUCCUCGUCUCCUACCCUGCCGUGGCAUCCUGCCUACCACGAAGUUCGGCUACCGCCCUCCGGGAAACAUCGGUGUCAGUCCCUACGCCUCCUUGGAACCUCACAACCGCGGCUUUCACCCUCGACGGCGAAUCCGAAAGCUCACAGAAGCCGCGGGGCCGAUCUCGGCCCACGAAGUUCUGAAACCGUGCCUUACAAGCAGAGCUCCGUAAUGGAGUCCACUGCGCCGUUGACAGAGUUGGAUCCGCCGUUGACAGAGUUGGAUCGUCCGGGGUCCCUUGCAGACGACGUUCCCCAGUCCCCAGAGCAGCCCAUUGAGUUUAUAUCUCCAGAGGCUGGCCCCGAGCGAGCGGAUCAAGCCGCCACGGCGGCCCUGUUCAUCUCCCUGCUCAUUCUCUGUGUUGGUCUAGCCAUGCUUAUCAUCGUCGUCUGGGCUGGAGCGGACGAUACCGACGACGACUUUGGAGACGUUGAAGGUGGCGGGAAAAAGAACGACGCAGACACCGAGCUGCCGAAACAGGUCUUCGUCCCCCGCUACGAAAAUGACACUCCCGGAAGUACCACGGUGGCGCCCCAAGCGGCUGCCGUGCCAACCACUCAGCGUGCCUCAACCACUCAGCGUGCCUCCACGCGUGUCGCGCCACCACGUAAGGCCACUCUGCCGGCCCGAACAAGUGCCCCAGCGACGAUUACAACAAGAACGAAAUCAACUACUACUAGGACGCCACCACGUAAAGCCACUCGGCCGGCCCGAACAAGUGCCCCAGCGACGACUACAACAAGAACGAAAUCAAUUACUACUAGGACGAAUACUAGUGCUACCACCACGACUACCCCCACCACCGCCACCUCGACUACCACCACCACCACUACCACCACCACCACCACCACCACAACCACAACCACAACCACAACCACCACCACAACCACCACCACAACCACCACCACUACCACCACCACCACCACCACCACUACUACUACUACUACUACUACUACUACUACUACUACUACUACUACUACUACUACUACUACUACCACGACUACUACUACGACGACGACUACUACAAGUACGACUACUACAACUACGUCUACGACUACUACAACUACGACUACGCCAUUCCCUGACGCGAAGGAAAUACUGUGCACAGUGGGCCAUACUGCCGUCACGUCUACUAUGUACCCGCCCAAAGGGCCGUGCCAGUACGUCUAUUACACGGACGUCGUCAUCGUGGAAAGCCAAAUACGCGCCUCGCUCGUUCAAGCCAGCUGGGAGAUGUUCCAGACGAUGGCCAAGAACUAUACCACGGUCAAGCCGGGAGUCGCUUUCGACCACCGUUACAUCGCCGUGGAGCAGAUACUUGCUGCCAGGCCGGCACUCGCCGCACUGGCCGAGAACAACAUCCAACAGUACGGCUUGCUCAAUAUCGUCACAAAACCUAGUGAACUGCACACAAUAGUGGCGGCCAUGAAGCUAAUUAUCAAGGCACUCAAGGACAUCCAGGGCGCCGAUCCAGAUAAGAAGACCGCCAUUGCGAUUGGAUCGCUCGACUACAGCCCGAUGGGUUUUAUGCACGACUACCACCAGAUCAUCAAGAGUGUCGUCAACACUUUCGAGGUCGACAUUGUCAUCGCCAUAUCCUCGGUUAGCGCAAUGGAGGGCGGCGACAACUGCUACGCCGCGCCACCCAAUGUUGUCAGCGCACCGAUGGCUAGGUUUCCGAGCUUCGAGACCCACUGGCCGUUGGUGCGCCGGAACGCGACGUACGCGAACGAGAAGACGUUGGUGGGACUCUCGUUCGAGAUGGGAACCAUGGUCUACGUCUUGGAGAAGGACGCGUCCAGUCUGAACGAAAGCGCCUACUCCAAAUGCACGGGCGUUGGCAUGACGAGCCGCGACGCGAUCUGUGGCAACAGGUCGCGCGCCAAACCCGCAGAGCAACUCCUGAAGGAGCCGUACAUCAUAUACGGGACGUUCUUAACCAACGACAACAAAACAACUCACGUCGCCUUCGCGGAGUACCACACCACGGGUCGAGACAAGUACGUCAAGGCCCGUAGGAAGUACGGCUCUAUACGACGCCGGGCGGCUUGGCUGCUCUUCAACGUCCACCUGGGAGACGUGAGAAAAAAAUGCGGCUCCGACGCCUUCGGCAUAGUGAAAUUCAUCUGCCAGGACAUUCGGGGUUCCAAGAAGUGUGACUGAUAGGGGACGCCCUUUGGAUUCGGCCGGGCGGCCCAAACUACUGCGCCUGCAUGGGCUCCGUCAACGUGCUAUAUACCGUGGUGGACAUUUUGCUGAACGAAGAUAAAUAAUUUGCGCUUCUUUAUUUCCGCCAUAUUUCCCCGCGUUCUCUGUUUCACGCGAAUGCACGCUGGGAAAGAUGCCGAGGGGCGUCGUGGAAUUAAAAGCCCUGAACGGGAAAGCCACAGAACCGCGAUGAGUUGUUGCUCUGGCUUGCUGUGAAGCAGACACACACCUGCACCUGCACGCCGAUCUCGCUUAGUUAUAAAGUCCUCGAUAAAGGUGCAAGCAACUACAGAAGAUUCGUGGGAGGCCCAGCUGACAAGAGCAAGUCCUGAUAGACAGCUACGGCUGGUGGACAGGCCUAUAGACUAUCAGCACAGAGCCACAGCUACCUGCAGCAGGGUGGCUGCCCACCUUCGGGCAUGAGCAGCUUUGUCCCCGAAAUAAAGCUUAUUCACUCGCUCGCCCGUAGUUAACUGCCAAGUUUAGCCUUCUUAAAUGUCCUGUCACCCUCGGCAGAUGAGAAAGAGUGCCUGGGAUCUUCUGUAUGCACCGGCGUGCCUUAUAAACUGCUCCUUUCCAAGAUAAGUUGUAGCACAAGCAUCAGUGGCACAAUAAGGAAGGAAGGAAAUCAACUUUAUUCGAGGUCCUGCAGCCCGCGAGAGCUUUGGGCUCUCAUGGAGUGGGCGUCUCCCACGACGGAACCGGGAGGUUGAGUUUCCUGGCGGCGUCAAUAAACCUUAAAUGUAAUUA